GGAUAAAGCUAUGCAUUGGCAACCCAGUAGAUUGUGAGCUUCUCGAUCUUAUCCAAACCGAAGUUGGAAAUCUUCAGGAGUGUGUCACGCUGUUUAAUGAAGACUCAAAGGCGGAUAAGGUACAAACAAUCGCAAUUUCUACACAACAGGACAAAACUUUAACUGAAAUAAUAAAACGGACCACAAGUAAACAAGAAUCUAAUUAACAGCAAAACUCGAACACUAUAGCGACACGCAAAGCUAGUGAUUAACACCGCUUACCGAUUAUUCAUGCCACAAUCAACCCGAUACCGAUUUUAUAAUGACGUCAUAAUAUCAGUCGACCGAGUAAAGGCGACGUCAUUCAUGUCAAUUUUUUAACGAUAAUUUCCAACGUAACAUGUUACUGCGCUGGCUGCAACCCAAGAUCGUUACUACAACCAAAGAUUAAUUUAACAUAUUGAGUUAAAACACAACAUGUAUCAACGUGCAAUGCAUAUAAUUUUUAAAGUGUGUAUUUUCUCAACAAUCGGUUUUUGAAAGUCGUAAAUAUAGAUAAUUCUACCAAUUCCGAUUGUCUAAUGAUAAGGCAAAAAUCGUCCGACGCCAAUACCGAUACAGAUUAUCGGUCAAUCACCACUCAAAGCAACUAGCUCUUCUCUCCAGCUCCGAGAAAGGAAAAAGUGGUAGCAAUGAACCGCAACUGUAAAGAACAACAACGACUAACAGCGAGGGGGAAACAACAACAAGGGGCUUCGGUUGCGAAGUGGUUAGCACACUUGCCUUUCACCUCUCAGGUCGCAGGUUCAAAUCUCAGUGAGAACCCAGUCCUCAUGUGAAAAGAGUAAAAGUCAAACGCUCUGCCGAAAGUCGUGGGUUUUCUCCGGGUACUCCGGUUUCCUCCCAAAGGGAAAGUUGACAGGUUGGGUUAGGUAAAAGUGCCCACAGUAAUUGGCAUAUGCUGUUGUGGUGACCCUUCCCUAAUUGGUAUAGCUAAAUAAACAACAACAACAACAACAACAACAACAACAACAACAACAACAACAACAACAACAACAACAACAACAACAACAACAACAACAACAACAACAACAACAACAACAACAACAACAACAACAACAACGACAACGACGACAGUCAUGAUAGAGACAAAUCGUCGACGUUGCUCAAGGUGCUGUUACAGUGCUGAUUUUCAAGUUCUAUCAUCAACCUUGUGCCCUAUAGCAUUGUGUAUAGCAUUGCUUGUUUUGACCAAAAUUAUUGUAGGGUAAGUUGCAAAAAGCGUUGCAAACAGAACAGUACAUGUGGUGUUCUUGGGCUUACUUAGGGGUCGGUCAUUAUUUAUGGCGGUGGUGGCACCGAAGAGAAAAGGUAAAAAGUUGGGUAAACACAAUGUCGAGUAAGUAAAAAGUUGGGUAAAUGAAAAACAAAACAACUCAAUGUUUGGGUAAUAAAAAUGUGUUGUCAUUUCCAAAGCAUGAUUCACUCAAAUACUGAAGACUAAAAAGCAAUGUCAACAGUCAUCUGUCAAUACAAUAUGUAAAUCAAUCAAUCAAUCAGAGUAACUAUCUUGAUAAUUUUCCUAUGAAAAAAUGAAUAUGAUGGAGGCUAAUGCCGGUGUACAUGUGCCAACAUGAAACUUUAACUGCAGAAAAUUGCACAAACAAUUAUCAAACUUACGUUCACGGAAGUGGUGAUGUGUGGCCAGGGGUGGGUAUUUGUUUUUUAAUUGAUAUUUGAGGUUGGCUAAAACUUUUUCGACUUUUUAAUGGCCAAAUCAGCGAAAAUGUUUCCAAGAAAAACAUUACUAUUUGGUGCCACCCUCGUCCAUAAUGACCGGUCCCUUAAUUCAUUUAAAUUUCUAACUAACACAUCAAUAUAUUAAUUACACCAUAUUACAUUUUUUGCAGGAAAGGCUGCUACACAGUUUACAAACUUUUCAAACUUCAUUGAGUAUUGAGAUCUGUGACCUAAGACACAGACAAGUACUCACUGAAGAAAAUGUUGAUAGACUUAAACUGGAACAGCUUACAUUGCAUAAUCAAUAUGUCAGCACCAUUCAAGAUGUCAAAAACGAAGUUGCUAAAAUUGCAACUACCAAUGAUGAAAUUCCAUAUGUCUUUCGUGCUCCAAGAAAAAAUCCUUGGUUUGGUGGUCGUUUGUCUGAACUGCAAGAUUUGGCAAACCUUCUUCCAUUAGAUGAUACCAGUCAACCUAAAGUAAACAUCGCAGCUGUGUGCGGUUUGGGUGCAGUGGGCAAAACAAGUUUGGCUGCCGAGUUUGCACAACAGAGGAAGGAUUUCUAUACUGGAGGCGUUUAUUGGUUUUCUGGUGAAGACGACACUACGUUUGAAAACAGUGUUUACGAUGUUGCUACGCGCUUCAGUACACAAAGUGACUCGUUUGGACUUACCUUUUCAGCAACAUUGGCAAAGAUAUCUCGGAACAAAAACCCGUGGUUGAUUGUUCUUGAUAACAUGGAUCAAUUAAGCCUUUCAUCCAAUAUUGUUAAGUUGGUAUCUGGACCUUGGCAACUUGAUGCGUCUGGUCACAUUCUAAUUACCACGAGAAGAAACCCACUGCUUUAG